GCGUCCAGUCAGCUGUCGCAGGUGGAUGCACUCACAGAGAGUCUGACCGCCAGGAAAGGAGAGCUGGACCGUGAGCAGAUAAAUAAAGUGAAAGAACUGGAAAACUUGGAAACAGAAAGCCAAUGCAUAGCUGACUGCAUGGAGACGUUCAGAAAGUCUCUAGAUGAUGCUCGGAGAGCCCGGGAUUCUGCUCAGGGAACUCUCAGACACCUUGAGAAUAAACGGAAGGAGUCUCAGGCUGUGCGGGAUGCUGGAAUCGGAAUAAUGUUCAUCCCCAUCAUCGGAACCAUCAUUGGUGCCAUCAUGGUUGGCGUCUCUCAGCAGGAACUGGAUGAUGCGCAGUCGUCCCUGAAGACAGCAGAGCAAGAGUUACAGAAGAGUGAGGCCUCAGUUCAGAAUUAUGACAGAAUGUUAGAGGAAAAAAAGAGGCAAAGGACGCAAAAGAAGGAUGAGAUUGCACAGUGCAGCAGCACCAUAGAGCAGAUUAAGCAGAGCCUAGCGCAGGUUUAUACACAGCGCACCAACAUCGCCCGAGCGCAGGAGAAACUCAGGAACGCCCUCUACAUGUUAAGCACCCUGGCUGGUAGAGCGAGCGUGGCUACAACCCUCACUCUGCGCACCAACAUCACCCGAGUGCCGAAGAUACUCAGGAGGGGCAUCAACAUGUUAAACACUCUGGCUGGAAGAGCGAGCGUGGCUACAACCCACACUCAGCAAGUCAUCUGCCUGCCCCCUGUGGUGAACAUACUGGGAGAGAUCAUUGAACUCAUGCUUCAAAUGCAGGGAGAUAGAAGAUAUGAGCUCCUCAGUGAUCCACAAGUCAAAGCUGCCAUCCUUAGCCUGCAGGAACUCCACCAGAAAGUUUCAGCCAUCGAUGACGAGCAGACAUUAAAUGAAAUUCAGUUUUAUUGAUGGAGAUGCAGACCCAUGACACAUUCCCCAGGGUACACAUUGUGAGCUCCAGAUUUAUCACAUGCAGUGGGGUCUAAAAGUCUGAGACCACCAGUGAAAAUGCUUCUAUUUUGCAUUAUUUUCUAAUUUAAUACAAACAUUUUCCUUACAACUUAUAUUACCAGCAUAACAAUUGGAGUGAAAAGUUGAAGCUUUGAAAAAUGUACAUGAAUGUACAUGAUUUAGUGAUCACUUAUUUUCUGAAAACCAGUUUUGUGCCAAAAUUGCUUUUUAUUAUUUUUUAAUUUCAUUUUAUUUUAUUAUUUUCCCAGGAUAUAUUGCAGCUCU